AUGGCGGCGGCCCCCGCAGCCGAGCCCGCGGCGCCGCCGGCCUGCCGCUUCUUCCUGGAGGGCCGCUGCCGCUUCGGCGCCCGCUGCCGCCAGCCCCACCCGGGGGCGCCGGCGCCAACUCGCCGCGGGGCCGAGGCCGGGGCCGAGGCCGAGGCCAAGAAGCCGCCGCUGCGCACGGCCGCGGCCGUCAUCCAGCGUAUCCGCUGGGACCCGCGCCUCGACCCGGCCGACUUCUCGGUGGGCUACGCCGACCGCUUCCCGGGCGUGCGCGAGGAGCCUUUCGGCGCCUUCUGCCGGGACGAGCCGCUGGCGGCGCUCGGGCCCGGCGUCCUGGCCGUGCCGCAGCACCGGGCGCGCUACUUCCGCUUCCGCGGCCGCAUCGUGUGGGACCGCGCCUCGCGCACCGACCUCGUCUUCGGCUCGGGCUCGGCGGCUGGCCGCGGGCCCACCUUCCUGGACGCGCUGGGCGGCGGGGGCGCGCACGACGGAUGUGAGGCCACACACGGCGGCGGCGAGAACGCGCACGACGGGGCAGGCGCCCAUGGCGGCGGGGGCGCGCACGGAGGGGUGGCUGCCGUUCCCGCUGAUAACGGAACCGGGCUGGAGGCCGGGGAGCGGCGCAGGGCCGAAGGCCAGGCUUCCCCGUGGACAGAGCUUGAAAGGGUGUUGAAGCCGGCCGCCACACAGUGGAGCGGCACAGGCGGCCCCGGGAUGAACCCCCGCAGGAGGUUUGCCUGGCCCUGGGAAGGCAGAGGGGCCGCUGGAGCCAGGGCCGCGGCGCCUCGCCAACCCCGCCCCACGCAUUUUGUGGCUGUCAUGGUGACUGAUGCCGCGCUGCAGGUGGGGGCGGCCAAGGCCCGGGAAGAGCUGGUUCGAGCCGCACCCUCGUGCGCUGCGUUCAUGGUACCCGCGGGGGCCCUACACCUGACACUAGCCCUCCUGAGGCCGACAGGCCCCGGGGAGGUAGCCGCCGCAGUCGGUGCACUAAGACGCGCGCUCUUGGCCCCAGGAAUUCAGGCACCCCUGCAGCUGAGCUUUAGGAGCCUGCUUCUCCUGGGACAGCAUGUGCUCUGUGCCCCCCCCUCCCCCUCCCCGGAAGAUAGGGCCCAAGUGCUGAGAGAGAGGCUGGAAGCCGAGGGGCUCAAGAGUAGUACAGCCCCUGGGGGGCUACACCCCCACCUCACCCUAGCCAAGGUGCCCCACGGAUCUCAAGUCGGCCUCCCCCACCCUGGGUUCAGCCCCAGGCAGGAGCUGGGGAGCCAGCCCCUAGGGGAAGUCUGGCUGUGCCGCAUAGGCAGGGCAGGGGACACCUACCAGCCCCUGGCUGAGCCGCCCCUGGGAUGACAGUCCCCUCAGACCUCUGCAG